GUGGCUAAACCCCUUGUUUAAAAUUGGUCAUAAACGGAAAUUAGAAGAAGAUGACAUGUCGGUGCUUCCAGAAGAUCGCUCCCAGCACCUUGGAGAAGAGCUGCAAGGGUACUGGGAUCAAGAAGUGUCAAGAGCCCAGGAAGAUUCCCGGGAGCCUUCUUUAAUGAAAGCGAUCAUAAAGUGCUACGGGAAAUCCUACUUAGUUUGGGGAAUGUUAACAUUUCUUGAGGAAGGCACCAGAGUGGUUCAACCCAUAUUUUUGGGGAAAAUGAUUAGUUAUGUUGAAAACUACGAUCCCACCGAUUCUGCCGCUUUGCACGAAGCCUACGGCUACGCGGCAGGGCUGAGCGCCUGCGUGCUCGUGUGGGCCGUUCUGCACCACUUGUACUUCUAUCACAUCCAGCGCGUGGGGAUGCGGCUGAGAGUAGCCGUGUGCCACAUGAUCUACCGCAAGGCCCUUCGCCUGAGUAGCUCGGCCAUGGGGAAAACCAGCACAGGCCAGGUAGUCAACCUGCUGUCCAACGAUGUGAACAGGUUUGACCAGGUAACGAUGUUCUUGCACUAUCUGUGGGUGGGGCCACUGCAGGCUGUCGCAGUGACCGCCCUGCUCUGGAUGGAAAUAGGAAUAUCAUGUCUUGCCGGGAUGGCGGUUCUCAUUAUUCUUUUGUUUUUGCAAACCUGCUUUGGGAAGUUGUUUUCAUCACUCAGGAGUAAGACCGCUGCUCUCACAGACAAGAGGAUCAGGACCAUGAGUGAAGUCAUAACUAGCAUCAGAACAAUAAAAAUGAAUGCUUGGGAAAAGUCAUUUAUAGACCGUAUUACCAGACUGAGAAGUAAGGAAAUUUCCAAGAUUCUGAAAAGUUCCUACCUUAGGGGCAUGAAUUUGGCAUCGUUUUUCACUGUGAGCAAAAUCAUGAUUUUUGUCACCUUCAUCACCAAUGAGCUCCUUGACAACCGGAUCACAGCCAGCCAAGUGUUUGUGGUGGUGACGCUGUUCGAGGCUCUGCGGUUCUCGAGCACCCUCUACUUCCCCAUGGCCGUCGAGAAGAUGUCAGAGGCUGUCGUCAGCCUCCGAAGGAUAAAGAAUUUUUUAUCACUUGAUGAAAUACCACAGCUCAACACUCAGCUGCCAUCAGGUGGUGAAAUGAUGGUGGACAUGCAAGAUUUCACUGCUUUUUGGGAUGAGGAAUCAGAAUCACCAACCCUAAAAGGUGUUUCGUUUACUGUCAGACCAGCUGAACUGUUGACUGUGGUUGGACCUGUGGGAGCAGGAAAG